AUGUGCUUUUUUGAGAAGGGAUAUACUAUACAAUUAGAAAGUUGCUAACUUUAUCUUGUGUUUACAUUAUGUGAGAUUAACAGAAACAAAGACUUUUGUGAAGUGAUUUCGUGCAGUGAUAAGAAACAAACGCCUUCUUAUAUUUUGUGCAUGGUUUUCACAUUUUAUUAUUCAUCAGUUUGGCUAACGAUUAUCUACAGUUUUAAAUAAUGACAUUUGUGUACCACCACAGAGAUGUUGACAAUUAUGUUAUUUCUAAAGUUUAGUUUAUAGAUUAUUUUGGAAUCACGCAGAAGAAAAACAUCUUAGAUGGAAUGGGAGGUUAAAUGUGAAGUUUAUUAACAGUUUACUUCAUUUCUAUCUUUCAUAUUGGAAACAAUUAAAUAAAGCAACUUUCGUUGAAUAGUAUAUAAAUAUCUAACCACAUUUAAGUGUUAAAAGUGCCUUAAAAAUGGAAACAGUUUGGCAAGUAAGGGAGGCAAAUGGACAUAACAGAGGGGAAGGGGGACAACUCUUAUUUGAAGACAGUGGCUCAGAAAAGAGAUUAAGCCAUGAAAAAGACAUGUUUAACCAUGAUAUAGUUACUAAAUGACAAUAAAUUGACGAUUAAUUAACCCAAAGAUCUUUUAUAACCGAGGCAGCCGUGUAAACUUUGACAAGAAAAGAAAUAUUUACUGGUUUUCUAAUGCGAGAAGUAUGUUAAGUCUCUCAGAAGACGGGUUAACAAGUGGAUUUGUUUAACUGACAGUACUGGCCACAAGAAUUGCAAGGGAACUUUAGAUAUACGAUAAGAUAAUAUCCUGAAUUUGCAUGUGGCUUCGGUAUACUUGAUUAUGAGUGGAGUUGACAUUUAUAGAUUUAUCAGAAAAUGACAGACCAUUGAGAAAAUAGCGUUAAGACUCGAAGUCUCGUACAUAUAGAGAGUGCAGUUAUAUAUUGUUAUCUAUAAGUGAGUUAUUUUAAAAGUGUAGACUGUAUAAGGAAAAAAGAAAUGGAAGAUGUUUGGGAAACCCGACAGGUCCAGGAUGAUCAAGGGAACCUCUUGGCGGAGCACCAUAGGGUGUCUAGAGAUAAAGCGCACAGUGAGAAUUGCCUGGAGAGAACGCUGCACUGUUUAAGUCACGUGCCUUGCGCGUCCUUAGUGGCAUGGAUCGUUUUAUUUUUAGGUCUUGGCGGAGUGACUGGCAGUCUCCUGAUUGGCGCAGACAGAACACGUGACCUGCUGGAAGAUGAUCGAAUAUUAUGGUUCAUGGAAUUCACCUUAAUCGGGGUCAUCUCGGGAAUGUUUGUAAUUGGCACGUGUUUGUUGAUAAUGUGCCAUUACUCGAGCGACCCGAACAGUCGCCAUGCAUUCAACACCUCAAGAAAAAAUACGUGUGCAAGAGGACUUAACAUAUUUAUGCUCGUGCUGUGUUAUAUCCUCGUGCUUGCCUGGGUGUUUGCUAGUGCUAUAUUAACCAUUCCUGUAGGUGCAUUCACCCUCCUAAUCAUCAUGAAGGACUACCAGGAUGUUAAAACCAUCGACCUGGCAAAUUAUGGGUGUCAUUCUAGAAUCAUUACCGGUGAAGAACUGGAGAGAUUUGUAAAUGAGGGUCGGGAUUUGUUGAUCUGCUACACGGCAGCUUACUUCUCGGCUGUGUUCAUAAUCAUCAGCUUGAUCCAUUUCCUGAUGUGUAUAAGCGCAAACAUUACCCACCUUCGUGAUGCUAGAUUUGCUACACUUAACGCUUACGAAGAGGCGGAGGACGCUCAAAACGCUAAACAACUUAACGAUACAACAAUGUGACUUCCGGUCACGUGAUAUUUCAGGCACGUGAUACCCACUAAAAAUAAGUGGCUCUAAUAUUUUGGAUUUUCGAUCUCAGAAAAAAGUGUAAUUGAGCAGUGUAAUUACAAAGUGCAAUAAGUCAAAAGAGAUUAGAAAAACAGAUGGAAUACUCAGAUAUAAAGUGUUGUUAGUAGAUUAAAAAGUAUUUUAGGCGUUUGAAUAAAAUAGUUUGAAUAAAAUAGACAAAAAGAGAAGAAAUAUAUUUUCAAAGAAGUCAAGGAAAGAAAAAUGGACGACAAGUUUUAGAUUAGUUAUAUGUUGAUGCUUCUACUAUUGGUUUGCUUUAUAUUUCGGUGUUGAUUAUUAAACUGGAUUACAUGCAUGUUGUGUUUUAAGAUAAGGUUGAAGGA